CCUUGGGCUUUUUCCGAAUUUUGAUAGCUAUGGAUAAUUCUUGAUCUGCCUGUGACUAUUGUGCAAUCUGCUUGAAUCCAUCGCACCAUCUUUCCAUUGAUCUGUGAGCUCGCGCGACUGACUAUCAAACCAUGGUUCUUGUCAAGGGUAUUUUGGCAUGGGUGCUCAUCACUUUGGUGGAAGCGAUCCAGUAUGGCUCCAAUUCAGUGGACCCUACAUUUGCGCUCCAACCAAAUCGGUCGAGUCGUAGCAUUACUACGACCAUCUUCCAUCAAAGCUUGCCAAUAAUUCAGGCAACCACAACAACUGCUGAUCUUCCAACGCCUACAUUUCUACCGGAUCUACCGUCAUCCUUAAGCAACGAGACAGCUAGUACUAAUGACACUGGAGAUGAGGAAUCCACACAACUAUUGCAAGCACUGAUUGAAGUCCACGACAAUCAACGAGCUCGAGAAGAUGAGCUCAUUCUCCAUCAAAAGAGACUUUGGGCACCGGAUUGGGAUGAACCAGUCACAACAGACUCAACAUGGUGGCCAUUAUUAGGAACUGUUGCCCUUGCGGCAAUCACUAUUCAACUUCCUGAUGAAAAUGAAGAUAGAAUAAAACGCCAAAGGACCUGGACACCCGACGAUGACUACAUCUCUAUUCUCGAAGAUCUGGGCGCUGCGAGCAGCUCCUGGCAUCAGACUUUGAAUGAUAUGGAUAUUCCACUUGACGAUACUCAGAGUGUUCGGGAGCCCCUAAAUUCAGCUACAUUCAUGUAUACCGAUGAGACGUAUUUUGAUCCAGAUAAAUGUUUAUCUGGGCUCACUCAGCAGAGAUCUUUACACCAUCCGUCAGUUGUAACAUACUUGUCAGCAUUAAGGAAUCGCGAUUUAUUGCAAGAGAAACUCAAUGAUAUGUUAUCUGAGAAUACAUAUUCUAAGAUACACUCUAGGGUUCUGCUCGGCGUUCCUUGUACUGGGGAGGAAGAAAUGGAGUCAGUGGACGAAGUUCGGCUUCAGAUAGAACGAAUUGAUGAAAAAAUCGAGGAGAUCGCCUUCGAAUGUACGAUAAACGGUAUUAACUUGGAUGGCUUGGAUGAUUCGGAUGGCUGGGAUGAGGAUGUCGAGUCAAUCGAUAUCGACAUACAAGAGCGGAAUGUUUUGGCAGAAGAACCUGCUCCGAGUGUCCAAACUUCGGCAUACACGAGUUUCUCGGAUCUUCUCCCAAGGAAAACAGGAACAGAGCCCGUCUUUACAUACCAUGAUUUGACUGCUAGCGAUGAUUCAAUACGCACGAGCGACCGCAUCAAUCAAUGGCUACUCGAAUCUCUCCGCACAUCUUCCCUAGAAGUCCGUCGUCUUGUUGAUAUCUUCGAAUCUACGACACUGAUCAAUCUUGAUCACAAGUUGUACAUCAGUAAACCCUGGCAGAGACGAGUACUCCACCACUGGUACAAUGACGAAUCAGACACAAGCUUCCCCAAAUUUGCAUCUGGAUCCUUAGAUCACCGUGUAGAAGAAUCCGAAUCGAUAAUUGGAGACAUCACUUAUAGUACAAAUUCAUCCUCGCUCAGAGAUGAAGAUUUUGCAGUAUCCAAUGAUGGGAUAAAUGCUCCGUCGGCCAUUGCUGCAAGCUUACCUGAAGCUUCUUCUCUGCGAAGGGUCGAAGGUCUUUCACGCUGGGUGAAUUGGGAGAAUACAUUGUCCUCGUCAAUGACAGAAUCAGACGAAGUGGUGGAUAUCUGUCUUCAAAAUGGUGAGGACUCUGACUCCAGUUCAAUAGGCGGAGAUCUUGAUUGCUCCAACAACGGGAACCCAAAGGGCUCGAUGGAAGUCGACAAUACUAGCUUUCGGAUGGAAGCAGCAAUAGGCACCCCUGACGGCCUUGCUCUACAUGCAGGUAUGAUGGCAAGUACCAAUGAUCCACUGAUGGGCGAAGAACAAUAUCUCGUGGACGUGGACGACCCAUAUUGGAUUUGGUCGUCAGAUGAAUUCCACUUGAAUGAAUUUGAGCCAUUCUGCCAAGAUUCUCCUUCCCCAGUCCAUAGCCCGUCAGCGCAGGAGGGUGCUGCAUUCCUGGAUUCUGUUCUUCGAUCGCCGAGUCUUACGAAUAGCGACCCCACUUCAAUUGCAUCAAUACCAAGCCCAACAGUAGCUCCGCGCGAAGUGAAUGGUUACAGCUGUGAGCACUGCUCUCAGAAAUACUCCAGACCAGGUGACUUAAGGAAACACACCAAGUACCACGACAAGGAAAUUCGCUGCCCUGUAGCUAGCUGCGAAACAUCUUUUGCGACCAACCGAGAUCUCAAUCGGCAUCUGAAGGGACCACAUGGUAAUGGUAUCAAAGAAUAUGUUUGUCCGCAUGAAGAAUGCCAGACACAGAACCGGAAAUUCACAAGAAAGGAUAACUUGCUCAGACAUCUGAAGGAAAAGCAUGGGAACGGUAAAACGGAAAACAGGAAAAUGGUCAAGGGAAGGGCAAGAAGCCAAUCAAUUUGAGCAGACGAUCGUACAUCAUUCGAAAUGAAUGUAACGCGGGACGAAUCUCCUUAUUUCUGUACAGAUCUCUUUCCACAUAUGUGUC